AUGGAAAAGGAAGCAAAGAAGAAGAAAAGGGAAGCAAAGCAGAAGGAAAGGGAAGCAAAGCAGAAGGAAAUAGCUUUGGUAAAGGAAGCAAAGCAGAAGGAAAGAGCUUUGGCAAAGGAAGCAAAGCUGAAGGAAAUAGCUUUGGCAAAGGAAGCAAAGCAGAAGGAAAGAGCUUUGGCAAAGGAAGCAAAGCUGAAGGAAAAGAAAGCAAAGCAAAGGGAAAACACACAAUUUUAUAUAGAUUUUAGUAAUGAAGCAAGGAGAUUACACAUGGAACGCAAAAGGGAACAAGCAACGAGAAAAGCUGAUAUAGCAAGGGCACAGAAAGAAAGGAGAUUAAAGGAAAGAGCUUUGGCAAAGGAAGCAAAGCAGAAGGAAAAAGCUUUGGCAAAGGAAGCAAAGCAGAAGGAAAGAGCUUUGGCAAAGCAGAAGGAAAGGGAAGCAAAGCAGAAGGAAAGAGUUUUGGCAAAGGAAGCAAAGCAGAAGGAAAUAGUUUUGGCAAAGCAAAAGGAAAGGGAAGCAAAGCAGAAGGCAAGAGCUUUGGAAAAGGAAGCAAAGCAGAAGGAAAUAGCUUUGGCAAAGGAAGCAAAGCAGAAGGAAAGAAAGGAAAAGGGUAUGGGUCGAGGGCAAUAG